GGGAUCCGCGGGGAAGGCAAACAAUGGCAUCCCCGGGGACAACAAUGGCCCAUUGUCCUUUGAAGCCCGAACAAUGGGACAAUGGCCCUCAGUGCGCUCCCCCCGUUCCCAGGCACGCCCCCCCCGCGGCCCCGGGGCUCCCGCUGGCCCCGAGAGCCGCCGCGCUCGCCGCUCGCUGGCCCCCGCUCCCGCUCCGUCCCUCGCUCCCGGGGAUGUCCAUGAGGAGCCCCGUCUCUCCACCCCCGGAGCUGGAUGGAGCGGGCACCAUGGUGAACUGCGCCGUCAAGACCGAGGAGAAGAAGGAGGGCGGCCCCGAGACGCCCCCGGGGGCUGCCCCCAGCGCCGAGCCCCGGCCCCACGACCCCCCGGGGCCACCUCCCAGGGAUGGCACCGACCCCCAGGGCCUGCCACAGGAAUCCACCGGGGAUGUCCCCGAGCCCCGGUGUUCCGCCUUCGAGCCGGCUGGGAGUGGCCAGGAGAAGCUGGACUUCAACAGGAACCUGAAGGAAGUGAUGCCAACCAUCGAGAAGCUGCUGGCCAGUGACUGGAAGGAGCGGCUGCUGGGCCGGAACACGGCUGAAUCCAAGGAAGUGAAAGGAACCCAGGAGAGCCUGGCGGAGAAGGAGCUGCAGCUGCUGGUGAUGAUCAACCAGCUGUCCACGCUGCGGGACCAGCUGCUGACGGCGCACUCGGAGCAGAAGAACAUGGCCACCAUGCUCUUCGAGAAGCAGCAGCAGCAGAUGGAGCUGGCACGGCAGCAGCAGGAGCAGAUCGCCAAGCAGCAGCAGCAGCUCAUCCAGCAGCAGCACAAGAUCAACCUCCUCCAGCAGCAGAUCCAGCAGGUCAACAUGCCCUACGUGAUGAUCCCCGCCUUCACCCCCGGCCACCAGCCCCUGCCGGUCAGCCCCGAGUCCCAGCUGGCACUGCCCAUCCAGCCCAUCCCCUGCAAACCGGUGGAUUACCCGGUGCAGCUCCUGCACAGCCCCCCUCCUGCCACGCUGAAGAGACCCGCGGGCCCGGGCCACCUCCAGAUGCAGGAGACCUCGCAGCCGCUGAACCUGACAGCCAAACCCAAAGGUCCCGAGCUGCCCAGCGCCUCCAGUUCGCCCAGUUUGAAGAUGAGCGGCUGCCAGGCGCUGCCACCGAGCCACGGCACCAGCAGGGAGCUGCAGAGCAGCCCCUCCAACCUCCCACUGGGAUUCCUGGGAGAGGGCGAUGCCAUCACCAAAGCCAUCCACGACGCGCGGCAGCUGCUGCACGGCCACGGCGCCGCCAUGGAGGGGUCACUGAGCAGCCCCUACCGCAAGGAGCCCGUCGGGAUUGACUCCUCCCCGGUGAAGGAGCGGAUGGAGGAGAACCCCGGCCACCGGCUGGACGAGGCUCUGCUGAGCUGCGAGAUGGACGGCUCCCGGCACUUCCCGGAGUCCAGGAACAACAACCACAUCAAGCGGCCCAUGAACGCCUUCAUGGUGUGGGCCAAGGACGAGCGCAGGAAGAUCCUGCAGGCCUUCCCAGACAUGCACAACUCCAGCAUCAGCAAGAUCCUGGGAUCCCGCUGGAAAUCCAUGUCCAACCAGGAGAAGCAGCCCUACUACGAGGAGCAGGCGCGGCUGAGCCGGCAGCACCUGGAGAAGUACCCGGACUACAAAUACAAACCGCGGCCCAAGCGCACCUGCAUCGUGGAGGGCAAGCGGCUGCGCGUGGGCGAGUACAAGGCGCUGAUGAGGAACCGGCGCCAGGACGCCAGGCAGGGCUACUUGAUAGGGCCGCAGGGCAGCCAGGUGCCCCCCAGCUCCUCGGACGUGCUGUACCCGCGGCCGGUGGGCGUGCAGCUGCCCCCGCCCCUCCUGGAGCAUUACCUGCCCCGCGGCGUGGACCCCACCAUGCCCGUCAUCGUCAACACCCGCAGCCUCAAGGACGGGGACGCCGGGGACGACGGGCACUCGGUGCCCGAGGGGGACAUGUACCGCUACAGCGAGGACGAGGACUCGGAGGGCGAGGACAAGAGUGACGGCGAGCUGGUGGUGCUGACGGACUGAGGGGACAGGGGACAGCGGAGGGGGUGGCAGGGCUGGCCGCCACCCCCGGGAGGGCACCGCGUGUCCUGGUGGGAUGGCACUCUGCCACGGGGGAGCUGCCCACCUGUAGAAGGGUCCCACGAGGGCGGGCACCUGGGAUUUUGGGUGGCACGGACUGGCUUGGCCUUGCUUUGGUGGCACGUGGAGCCGAGGCCAGCGAGCCUGGAGAUUUGGUGACGCUGUGGCUGCUGUGUUGUCACCCCCGAGGGGACCUGAGGCUGCAGGGAACCCCCAGAGCAUCUCCAGCCCUGCGGCACUGUGGGUCCUGGAGAGCCUCACCUGCUGGGCACGGGGUGGGGACACAGGAUGAGGACACAGACUGGGGACACAGGACAGGGACACACUCGUCCCUCCUCUAUCCUGGCGUGACCUCCCCUCCGCGCUUCCCGCUCGCUCUUUGGCGCCUGCCAGCGAAUUCCCCCGAGCCAAUUUUAGCUGCAGCCUGGCCCCGGCCAAAGGCUCCUCGGGGCCCUUUGUGCUGCCGGCAGCUCUGGCCCACUUUGGGAAUAAAGCGGGGGCUGUUCCUGCCCUGCCAGCCCCGCUCGGGGGGGACGUGCCCGCCUGUGCCCGGGCACCUGGCCCUGCAGCCCGGGCUGCACCUGAGCCCUGCGGGGUGAGGGGAGGGAAAGGAGCCGCUGAGGGGAAAGGAAUUGUGAGAAAAAGAGUGUGGUGUGGUCAGAGCCUGCUCCAGGGGCUGGGGUGUGGCUGGGCAUGGGUGAGAGUUAGGGGUGGCCAGGUGAGUGUGCCAUGUCCAGGGGUGUGGCAGUGCCCAGGUGUGCAUGUGUGGGGGUCCAGGUGAGUGUGCAGUGUCCCUCCGUGUGGCAGUGCCCAGGUGUGUGUGCAAUGCCCAAGUGAGUGCAGUGUCCCUCUGUGUGGCAGCAUGCAGGUGUGUGUGCCAUGUCCAGCUGUGUUCAG